AUGGAUUCGAACUCUACUCCUCUCUUGAAUGCAACUAUCCGUGCGACAGAGCCUUCUCCUCAACCUCGUCUUAGCCAGGGCUCGUCCUCUCGCGCUGCAGGCAAACGCCCUAAAGCCUCUCCCGAGCCUAGCUCCAGCGGAAUGUUCUGGAAAAAGUUCCUCAUUGUGCACUAUCGUCAACAGAAGACAAUUGCUACUCUGACUAAAGAGCUCACUCGCAGUCACAAAAAGGUCAAAAAAGCAAAGCACCACAGAUCUGAACAAUUCAGAGAGCUACGGCAGGAAUUGCAUAUGGCCCUUGUUUCAGUCUACAGACUUAGAAAACAGAACAUGAAAUAUCGCAGAAUUCUCUCUAUCGCUGUUGGUAAAUACCCACUUGGGGAGACAUUUGUCGACGAAAAAGAUCAAAUACUUAGUCCUGGUGAGGAGGAAUCUGAAUCUGAUGGUAUCGACGAAAUGGGCUGGAACCAAUCUGAAACAUCCGAGAGCUCUGAGGAAUCCGACGACGGCUCAGAGGACGAAGUCAGUACCGACUCUGAUGAGCUCUUCGAUCCCGCUGAGUUGCUGGCAUAG